GCAAAAUUUAAUUAUUUGAUUCACACUAUUUAUCUUUUUUUUUUACCAUUAGAGUCCGGAUCCUAUUAUCAGCCACUAUCUAAUUCGGUUCGAGACUUAAUCACAGUUAAGACUAUUUACUCAUCUCUAUAUAUGUAUUUGGUGGGGAUCAAACUUGAAAUUUCUUUCCAUAUGCCCAACUUGCGCUACUGUAGGCAUUUGAUUCAUGCUGUUAAGUAGUCUAUAAAUUGAGAAAGUUCUUGUACACUAAAGUCAAGAAUAUAAGAAAAUAUGGAGCAAAGAAAGAAACAAAAUCACAAGUUUUUCAUUUACCUUUUAAUUUUCCUUCUCACUGUCGAAAAUGGAGCUUCAUGUCAACCAAAAGCAAGCAAGCACUUUUUGCUAAUACACGGGGCAGCUCAUGGAGCUUGGUCAUGGUACAGAAUUGUGCCUCUACUAAGAUUAUCAGGCCAUGAAGUUACUACAAUAGACUUGGCUGCUUCUGGGAUUGACCCACGACAACCUGAGUCUCUCCGGUCAUUAUCCGAUUACAUCCGGCCGGCGAUCGAUUUUGUAGCAUCUUUACCACCACAAGAAAGAGUGAUUCUUGUUGGUCAUAGUUUUGGUGGGUUGGCAAUUUCUAAAGUAAUGGAAAACUUCCCAAAUAAAAUUUCAGUUGCGGUUUUUCUCACUGCCUUCAUGCCUGGCCCAACCUUCAAUAUUUCUACUCUGUUUGAAGAGUAUGACAGGAAGGAACUUCCAGAAUUGGACAACAGUUAUUCGUAUGAUGAUGGUCCAGACAAUCCUCCAACCACUGAACUUUGGGGUCCUAUUUUCUUGAGAACUUUCUUGUAUCAGCUCAGUCCAAUUGAGGAUUGGACAUUGGCAACAACUUUGGUAAGGCCAAGACCUUUAUUUACCGACGAAGACAUUUCAAGAGUACUAAUGCUAACAGGGGAGAAUUAUGGAACUGUUAGAAGGGUGUUUAUUAUUGCAGAAGAAGAUAUGAUAAUAAAGAAAGAUUUUCAAGAUUUGAUGAUUGAAAAAAAUCCACCUGAUGAAGCUCUAAGCAUAUCAGGAUCUGAUCAUAUGGUUAUGAUGUCUAGACCAUUAGAUCUUUGGGCUUCUUUGUUAGGAAUUGCUGCCAAAUAUGACUAUUUGCUUUAAACUCACGAUAGAAGUACAUGAAAUAAACCCGAUGAAUUCAUGUUUAAAACACAGAAUUCAGAAAAGAUGAAAAUCACUGAAGAAAUCUCAAACCCAUACAAAAACAACAAUGAAAGGAAAAAAUCAUAGGCAUCUUCUUAUCUACCACCGCCAUCAUUGUUGGAUUUAGAGAUUGGAUCUUGAGAGAAACUCUUGAACUCCAGAUUCGAGAUGACUAGCUAUGAUUCCAUAUGCAUACCUUUUUAUGAUUCUUUUUAUUUAAGAUAUAUUUUGCGCUUUAUUUUACUUUAGAUAUUGAAUUUGAUUGGAAGGCAGAUGCAGAAUUUUUCUCAGAGCCAACAAACAUGCGAAAGGCUUUCUGGAAACCUUGAUCACCUUAUCUAGGAUUUAUGUGUUUUGUAAUUUUUUUUUUUGCUAGAUUGAUGUUUUUAUAAUUAUAAGGUCCUGGUUCAGUUAUUUGUGAUA